AUGGCCGCCGAAGCUCAAAUCGCUCUUCAAAUGCAACGCAUCGACACGAAGCGCAAUAUGUCCAACCGCUUGACUGACGCUGAACUCGCUAUCCUGACGGAAUUGUGGAACCGUUUCAAUACAACUCACGAGAGACUAUAUGAAGAUGUACCUGAUAUCAUUGCCAACGAAUAUCAUACAGGUAAUGCUUAUGAAACUGCUAACGUUGCUUACACCUCUCUUAGAGUGAGACUCAGCGCUGCUAAGCCCGCUCCAGAACCGGUUCAGGAACUUCCUGCCGUUAAUCAUGAUCAGACCGCUUACUUUGGUGGAGUGCACAAGUCUAACUUGCCACAAAUCAAACUGCCAACCUUCCAAGGUUCGUAUGACGAGUGGGACUCGUUCAAGGACUUGUUCACGUCUCUCGUCAUUAAUGAAGAUUCGUUGACCGGGUCGCAAAAAAUGCAUUACCUGAAGACGCAGGUAAAAGGUAAAGCUGCUGCUCUACUCGCUAACUUACAGGUCACAGAUGACGCUUUCCAACCUGCUUGGAAUUUGCUGAAUACAGUCGAAUCUCGUUAUGAACCCGCAUAA